AUGGCUUUUCACGGCCCUCUGGAAACAAUGACACUCUCCUCUAAACCAAAAGCGAACGACAACGUGCCCGGAGAACCUACAGCCUCACGUCUCAAUCGCCUCUCAUGCGCUUUUCCAACAAUCAUCAACACGAAAGACUUUUCUCUUCAAGGACCAGAUGUCCAAGAGCUAGCAUCUUGCAUCACGCCUGACUGGACCGGAUCCAUGGAUACACAACCUCAGGGCGUGACUUGGUCAGAACAAGUCAAGCUCUGGAAAGCACGAGCAGCAGGAAUGCCAAAUGUACGAUUCGAGAUUACACAUUCGAAUGUGGAUCUGGACGAAGUGAACGGUGUGGCGACUGUAUGGAUGGAGAUGGAGGUUAUGGGAAUGGGAGAUGUGGUCUUAGGUGCGGUGAACGAAGUGAAUUGGAGGAGAGUUAAGGAUGACAAAUGGGAGUGUUUUCGCACGAAGGGAAUGAGAGGGAGUCCGAGGCCAGCAUUGAGCGUUUGA